AGCACUUGCCCGAACAUACCUGGAGCCCGCUUCAAAUCUCGUUUUGUCGGUAAAUACAGUUUUGUUUGCACUCCAUGGAAUCAUUUCGUAGUUUGGAGUUUGGAUUAACGAACGCCGCACGCGCUGGUGGACAGGAGCGCAAAGACGAGUGAACUGUUGCCGCCGCAAUACUUUACCCACUACUUUGGACUGUUGUAUACCUGAGGUCGAUACCUGUUCGAUACUUCAUUGAGCAACGUGCUUGAAGACGCCAACACUCUGCUCGCGGUAUAAUUGAACGCAAAUAGUUUUUAUCGUAUUAAUCAAUCCCAUCGAAUAAAAAUGCCUACCUGGACGCAGAUGCAAGGACAGCUACGCAAUCCCAACAAUCCGGUAGUGUUUAUGGAUAUUACGGUCGGAACAGCGGAAAUUGGCCGCAUGGUGUUUGAACUGUACGCGGACGUGGUGCCCAAAACGUGCGAAAACUUCCGGCAGUUCUGUACCGGGGAGUACAAAAAGGAUGGCGUCCCGAUCGGGUACAAAGGUUCGAGCUUCCACCGAGUCAUCAAAGACUUUAUGAUACAGGGAGGAGAUUUCGUGAAUGGCGAUGGAACGGGCGUUAUGAGCAUUUACGGCACUCCCACCUUCCCGGACGAACAUUUUCUGCUGAAGCACGACGCACCCGGGCUGCUUUCGAUGGCCAACAGUGGGAAGGACACAAACGGAUGCCAGUUUUUCAUCACCUGCUCAAAGUGUAACUUCCUGGACUACAAGCACGUCGUGUUUGGGCGCGUGCUGGAUGGACUGCUGAUUAUGCGGAAGAUUGAGAACGUUCCGACGGGACCGAACAAUAAGCCGAAGUUGCCGGUAGUCAUAUCGCAGUGCGGACAGCUGUAACAGGAAUUUCUGCAACUGAACAUCCCUGUGAAGUGUGCUGUAUAAAAGUGUAAUAAACCCAACGAGGCGCUGCCAGAAUCGUCGGACAUUAAAACAAAAACGCAACAUAUUGUCCUGCAUUAUGAAACAAUCCGUAAUGGUUAUGAAAACGACAACUUCACAAUGCUGCGACGCAAGCACACACACACACACACAUGCUCGCUGCGCACAGCCUGCUUCCUCUGAUGCCACAUUCCAGCUGUGGUGUGCGGAUGCCAUAAUUAACCACGCGGACUUCACACAGUCGGCCUUGAAAGUGGAGCUCUGGUGGAUUAUAUUUAUAAACAUGCUGCCUGCGACGGCCUGGGUGAAGAAUAAAUAGUAGCCGCAGUGUUGCACGUAUCCUGUGCCCACUUCCCCCACACAAAUCAGCGUCCUUCUUGAAAUUCAUAAACUAAAGUACACCCGAAGCCUACCAGAGGAAGAAGAAGAAAAAAAGGUGAUAGAAACAACAAUCUCUGCCUAACGAAGGUAACGAAGUCGUUAAUGACCGGCCGACAGCUCACCGCUUGAAGGCACUGGUACCAGCUGAUAGCGAUAGAGAUGCCCACCUUCUGAGCUAAUUGCAAAUUACUGCGGAAAUAUUUACGGACCGAAGAAAAGUGCUCCGAAAAAGGAAAGCUCAUGUCCGGUUGCCAGUGUGCCAAUAAGCCCCCGCUCUAAUCAGAUACCCAACUCCCGUUCAGUCCAAUUGGAGUGGAAUGUACCAAAAAGGUUAGUAUGUAUGCAUGGGCGAAGAAUAUGGUAAUCCUUGAACGAGCCUAUCUAAAGUGUAAGGAACCGAUGGUCCUUCACAGCCUGGUUCUCAUUCAAGGAUCGCAUACCAAAAAACAAAAAGGAAGAAAAACGAUGACGGUCAUGUUUUAUGGUUAUUGAUUGAAAGACUGCCCCCACACUUUGCCAGGACGAUAUCAGAACGUAACGCGUCACACAGACCCGCGGAGGGGCCAGUGUAGCCGUUGGGCGUAUCCCACGUCGUCGUCAAUGGAUGGAAAGGUGCUUAACCGAAUGGUAAAUGAUUUACGAUUCGUCACCCAUUUGGGGUGAGAAACGUUCCUUAAGGACGUUUGGAAGCUCUCUCAGUUCAUGAUCACACGCGGUAUUGGAUUAUUUGGUAAAGAUUGCCUUCAAUUAGCAUUUCCAUAAAUCCUUGUACCUUCGAGGUACACCAACGGCAAUCACCGACAGCAAUUCAGCUGGGCGUGUUUAAUUCUAAGGUGGAUUGUGUGCGUCUGCCUUGGAAUUUUGGUUGAGAAUGUUUCCUCAGAACUCGUCAUUAUGCAGCGGGCGUUGGACAUGCACAGUGUGGAGAGACAGGUGUUUUAUAUUCAUGAGACAAAUUUAAUUAUUCGUCUACAUUUCAUAGCUCCUUUUGCUUGCUUCUAACUGGCGCAUGGCAGUUAAACUUUAAACCGAGACGAAAUAGAUUAAACUGUUGGAGACCGUAAAGAUACAACUGUUUACGAAAUGUCUAGCGACACGCAAAGGGGUCCUUCGACAACUUGUUCUAUUCUUACACCUCAAUGAACAAUGUAAAAUCUAUAGCCGAGACCAUGUUUCGGACGUAUUCGAACACAUCAACCUACACCUAAGCGUAUUAUCUUUGAAUGUGAAGCGUAUUUUUUCUGAAUAUCACUUGCUCUUAAAUAAUCUGUACAAAUUCAGCUACAAACAUAUUUGAUAUUGGAAAACGGGGAGGGAACAGAAUUCACUCCUUAGCCUUUUGGUGUCUCUGCCACUCGGCAGAGAGAGGGAUCAAAAUAAAUAUGUAAUGUUAAUUGUUGGUGGGGGAUCUGAUCUGAUGAAUAUUUACAUGGUAAUCAUUCACAUCCAGCAAAAUAAUAAUUAAUAUCAAAAAUGCUUUGCCUCCAAUCAAUUCUGAACAAGUUGUCCCAUUCGUGUCGUGUGCAAUCGUUCGUUCGCGCUACCUAAUAAAGCUAUUUGUUUUAAGGGAACAAAAACGAAAA